AUAUAAAUGUAUAUUUAUUAGGUGUUGAGAUUGCACAAAAUUCUCUGGAAAGUUGAAAGUUAGAGAGAGAGAGAUCAUCGUGGUAGUGGUAUCCAAAUUCCAAUUGAGUUUUGGUUUUGGUUGGUGUGAUGAAUGGGAUCGGCUUCGGAGGAGAUGGCGAAUCAGUUGCUGAGCCUAUUCCAACCCCAACAACAUCAAUCAUCUGAUCUUACUCUUACACAAAUGGGUUUCUUCUCUCUCCCCCAAAACUCCGCCGCCGCCGCUGAAGAAGCCGGCCUCGAUCUCUUCUCUCUCAACCCCCGCCAGCAACACCAUCUCCAUUACUUAGCUUCUGCCUUCGCCGGCGCCGCCACCUCCACAACCACGCUCCCAUCAUCUCCCUCCUCUCUCUGGGAUAGGGAUAGGGAUGUGGAUGUGGAUGUGGGGAGAGGGAAAAAUAAUGGCGGUGGAGAUGGCGGCGGCGGCUGCAGAGCGAUGAAGAUGAAGCGGAUAAAAGGGAGGAAGAAAGUGAGAGAGCCCAGAUUCUGCUUCAAAACCAUGAGCGACGUCGACGUUCUUGACGACGGUUACAAAUGGAGAAAGUACGGCCAGAAAGUUGUCAAGAACACCCUCCAUCCCAGGAGCUACUACCGGUGCACAGAAGAUAAGUGUAGGGUGAAGAAGAGGGUCGAGAGAUUAGCGGAAGAUCCGAGAAUGGUGAUAACGACCUACGAAGGACGACAUGCCCAUUCACCAUCACGUGAUAAUUUGGAAGAGACGAUGGGGCAGCUACCAUCGGGCCACCUCAGCAAUAUCUUCUGGUAGAGUUAAUAAUGCUUGAUUGUUUUACAUAAUAUAGCUUAGUAAUAUUAUGUUUUGAAGUUUAUAAUUUGGGUUUGUAAAGCUUUUUAAUGAAGAAGGUUUAUUGGGGUUAAGGAAUGGAAUUAUGAUAAUAAGGGUAGGCGUGUUUGGGAAUGAGUUGCGUGGGGCCUCUGCAUCAUCUGUGUGACUUCUCCUUUUCUCCAAGUUCAACUGAAAAAAUUAAGAUUAGGGUGUUUAUUACAUGCACAAUUAGGUCUACUUUGUUUUGAAAUUUUGGUCUC